UCCCCGAAGGUGUGCUGCCGCUUGCUGUGCACUUACAGCCUUCCCUGAAAGCGUCCAAUCCCCAUAAACUUAUCAUCCCCUUGUAUCCCUCAAUCCAAAAUAUUUUAUAUCCUCCAACCUGCUAGCCAUGAUAUCUACUGCCCCUCUUCCUAAGGGAAGGCAUGUGGUUGGUAGAAACGAGACACCAUUAUAAAUACACAUAGACCAAGCAUCGCCGUGGCCAUCCCAUCUCCCCUGCAUUAGUUUCUCUUGCGUCUCUCCCACUCCAGUUCCUCGCCCCACGAGCUCAAACAGCAGCAUGUCGUGGUGGAACUUGAAGUGCGACUGCGGCCACCACGGCGGGUGCUGCCACGACGACUGUUGCAAGCGACGCAAGCGCUGCCGCAUCUUGGCCUGGAUCCUGGUCUUCAUCAUACUGAACCUCCUCAUCAUCCUCAUCAUCUGGCUCGCCCUCCGCCCCACCAAGCCCAAGUUCGACCUCCAGGACGCCUCCGUCUACGCCUUCAACGUCUCCUCCCCGAACAACCUCCUCUCCACCACCAUCCAGGUAACCAUCACCACCCGCAACCCCAACGCCCGCGUCGGCAUCUACUACGACCGCGUCGACGUCUUCGCCUCCUAUAAGUACCAGCAGAUCACACCCGCCACCGCCGUCCCUCCGUUUUACCAGGGCCAGAACGACGUCGACGUCUGGUCACCGUACCUCUACGGCGUCUCCGUCCCGGUGGCGCCCUACCUCGCCGAGGCUAUCUCCCAGGACCAGUCCUCCGGCUUCCUCCUCGUCCGCGUCAAGAUCGAGGGCCGGAUCCGUUGGAAGACGGGCUUCUGGGUCUCCGGUCACUACGACCUCUUCGUCACCUGCCCGGCCUUUCUUUCCUGCCAGUCCGGGAACGGCGUCGGCGACCCGACGGUCAUCAAGUUCCAGCAGAUCUCCACGUGUAACGUUGACGUCUGACAAUAUAUAUUUAUACAUCUCGUUUUCUAAAAUCGGAACUUCGUAAAAAGUAGUUCAUGGGGAAUUUCUCCCAUGCAUGGGUGUAGUUCUCUGGUGGACUUUGGUUUGACUUCCUCUACGCAUUCUUAUUUCAAUGAAAAAUGGAAACUAA